CAUAUACCCUUCACAUUCCAUUCCAACACCAAAAUAGGCCAAAAACCCCGCGUGCCACCAGAUAACCGCCAGAUCCUCCUCCCCUCCCUCCCGCAAGUCCUGGCUAAUUCCAAUUAGGGUUUUGCAGAUUGCAUUUGCAUGGGUAAUGGAGACGCUGCAGAGGAGAGUGGAGACAUGGAUCAGAGAUCAGCGGACCAAAAUCCUCAGAGUGACGUGGCCGCCGCCUUGGAGGAUGGCCGUGAAGUGGCCGUGGCCCAACGGCCGCCGCCAACAGCAGAAGAAGAUUCAGGAAGAGUUGGAGGCCAGGAAGAAGCAAUUGCAGGAGUUGUGUAACGCCGUCAAGGCGGAGACGCUCUCCGAUUUGCAGGAAAUUCUCUGUUGCAUGGUCCUCGCAGAGUGUGUCUACAAGAGACCUGCUGCUGAGAUGGUUCGAGCAGCGAACAAAUUUAAGGCUGAUUUUGGAGGGCAAGUAGUUUCUCUGGAGCGGGUCCAGCCAUCUUCGGAUCAUGUUCCACACAGGUAUCUAUUAGCUGAAGCAGGAGAUACAUUAUUUGCUUCCUUCAUUGGGACUAAGCAAUACAAGGAUGUCAUGGCUGAUGCAAAUAUAUUUCAAGGUGCCAUAUUCCACGAUAAUGCAAUGGCAGAAGGUAGUGAGACUGAAUCUGCAGAAUCUGGCAGUCAUGAUGAUGGGGGGAAUGGCUCGAGACACAUGGAAAGCAACCCUACACAAACAAAAUUUACAGCUAGGCCUGCGGUCCAUCGGGGAUUUAUGUCUCGCGCUAAAGGAAUACCUGCACUGGAGUUAUACAGGCUAGCACAGAAAAAGAGACGAAAACUUGUGUUAUGUGGACAUUCACUUGGUGGUGCAGUAGCAGUGUUGGCCACCCUUGCGAUUUUGAGAGUUAUCGCUGUUACCUCGAAAGAAACUGAAAGGGUCCAGGUGAAGUGUAUCACGUUCUCCCAGCCUCCAGUAGGAAAUGCAGCGCUUAGAGACUAUGUUAAUGGAAAAGGAUGGCAGCAGUAUUUUAGAACCUAUUGCAUUCCUGAAGACUUGGUGCCUCGAAUAUUAUCUCCAGCAUAUUUUCAUCAUUACAACUCUCAGAACCCCUUGGGUCCUAAUGUUGAAACUUCACCAUCAGUGUCAAAAUAUAGGGAAGGAAUGGAGAAGCAGAAGCCAGAAGUAUUGAAAGAGAGUGAAGGAGAGCAAUUGGUUUUGGGUCUAGGUCCUGUGCAGAACUCAUUUUGGAGACUUUCAAGACUUGUUCCAAUAGAAGGUGUUAGAAGACAGAUCUAUAAAUAUUCAGGGAGAAAAGUUGAUCCAGUUGAAACUUCUGUUUUUACUGAUUCUGCUGCAACAUCAUCAAUUGAUGAUAUAGUUACCGCUCCCCAGUCUCUGGAAAUUGAAGAGGGUUCUGAUGGCAUUUCUCUCCGGCCUUUACCUGAAAAGAAUGGCGAGAUUUCUGCAGGAGUGAAAAAUGAAAAAUCAUCUGGAGAUAGUACCAAUGGCAGUGGGAACAAGAGGGUAUGGCGCCGCAUGCCUUCCUUACCUUCAUAUGUACCUUUUGGCCAGCUUUAUCUUUUGGGAAAUUCAUCAGUGGAAUCAUUAUCUGGUUCAGAAUACUCAAAAUUGACGUCGGUUAGAUCUGUAAUUGCUGAAGUAAAAGAGCGUUUUCAAUCACAUUCAAUGAAGUCGUACAGGUCCCGGUUUCAAAGAAUAUAUGAACUCUACAUGAAAGAAAAUGCAUUUUCGUUCUUGGGGCGAGAGCAAGAGCUGCAAUUCCCACAAUUACAAAAAUGGAUGGGAAUUUCAGUCGCUGGUACAGUGGAACUUGGGCAUAUUGUUGAAUCUCCAAUUAUUCGCACAGCUACUUCUUUGGUUCCCCUUGGAUGGACUGGUAUUCCAUGUGAGAAGAAUGGAGACCCUCUUAAAGUAGACAUUUCUGGUUUUGGAUUACAUCUAUGUACAUUGGUUCAAGCUCGAGUAAAUGGGAAAUGGUGCACAACUACUGUGGAAUCUUUUCCUUCUCCGGCGCUAUACUCUCAGCAGCAUGAAUUGCAACCAGAGAUGCAGAAGAUGCGAAUACGGGUUGGUGCUCCAUUGAGACGACCACCUAAACAUCAAAUACUGGAGGAUGGCUUGAUGCCUGCAUUUCUCUCAAUUGAUCAGAGUUCUGUUGAUCUGAAGUUGAAACAGAAUAAGUCUACAGAAGUGGUGGAUAACUUCGUCAAUCCUGAUGGUCUAAGUGAUUUUGUAGUAUUUUGUACAACUGAUUUUUCAACUGUCGCAAAAGAGGUUCAUGUUAGAACCCGUAGGGUGAGACUAAUUGGCCUUGAGGGUGCUGGUAAAACCUCUCUUCUUAAGGCAAUUUUGGAUCAAGGAAGAACUAAUGGCAUUUCAAAUGUCGAGACUUUCCCUAUGGAUGUUGACAUUCGAGAAGGUAUUGCCGGUGGUUUGCUCUAUUCAGAUUCCACAGGAGUAAAUUUACAGAAUUUGAGUAUGGAGGCCUCUCGUUUCAGGGAUGAAUUGUGGAAGGGAAUACGUGAUCUUAGCCAGAAAAUAGACUUGGUGGUUCUUGUGCAUAACUUGUCCCACCGGAUACCUCGAUAUGGUCAGUCGAAUACAUCUCAACCACCAGCUCUUUCACUACUCUUAGACGAAGCUAAGUCUCUAGGUGUUCCUUGGGUUCUUGCCAUAACGAACAAGUUCUCUGUUAGUGCACACCAGCAAAAGGUAGCUAUAAAUGCUGUACUGCAGGCAUAUCAGGCAUCUCCCAGCUUAACUGAGGUUAUCAAUUCAUGCCCAUAUGUUAUGCCCAGUGCUGUUGGUGAUUCUCUGUCAUGGCGCACAACAAACACAGUCCCAGAUGGAACAAACAGUAGUCAAAAGCUCAUUUUUGCUCCUCUCAAUCUUGUAAGGAGGCCUUUCCAAAGGAAACCAGCUGUUCUCCCCGUAGAGGGUGUAACAGCUCUCUGUCAACUUGUCCAUGGUGUGCUUCGCAGUAAUGAGGAAGCUGCUUUGCAGGAGCUUGCCAGGGAUAGGAUUUUCCUCGAAUUGGCAAGGGAACGUGCGGCUGCUGGAGAUGCAAAUCGAGAUGCUGCAGCUAAAUCGAAUUCUGUGACUGCAGCAACUGUCGGUGCCUCUGUUGGGGCAGGAGUUGGGAUCAUAUUGGCAGUUGUCAUGGGAGCAGCGUCGGCCUUGAGGAAGCCAUGAAAAUCCCUGCUUGAGGUCUGGUUACUUAUCAAUACUAUGAUCUAUGUAGAUAUUUUAACAUGAAUAAUAUAUGUAAAAAUGCUCGUAGAUUAUUUUUUUAAUUAUCGGAUGAGUGUGCAGCCUUGUGGUUUUGAUUGACCCAAUGUCAAUUUUAAUUCAUUUAUCACUCGUCA